UAACUUAAAUUUUAAAACUUGACUUUUAAAUAAGCUUAUUUUAAUACUUAAAUUGUAAAUUGUAUAGUAGCUUUUAAAAUCUUGUCUGUAGAGAAAAGAAUCCCUGAAAAAUUAAGGGCAUGACAUGGCCUAAAAUGUGCUGUGUUCCAAAAAUCAAAAUCAGACCAAUCAACCAAUGGACUGACUUGACCCACAAAUGGGGGUAAGGGAGUUUCAUUAAAGGAAUACACAUACAUAUAAAUUAUGGUUGCUGGAGCACUGGAUCCAGGUAUCUUCUCUCAAAACUACUGAUGUCAUGACUUGAUUGAAAGGAAUGUGCAAUGUGCAUUCAGACAUGGGUUAAUGAAAUUCAUUAGUUCAUAUUCAGUCUUCCUUUUGACUUCCAAGUUUUAAAAAUGAUUGCUGCUAAGUGUAAAUAUUAAUAUGUUGCUUGACAGUACAGCGUGAGUUUAAAAAUAAUUUUUAAAAAAUUACAAGUCAAAUAUCAUCAUCAUGUCAGGAUUAACACCACAGGAAAUUGAACUGCUUAAAGAAAAAGUUCAUUCUGCUGCUAGAGAGGGCAUGGCCAUCAGCAUUUUUGCUCUGCUUUGGAACAUGGACAAGCCAGUGGUGAAGGAAAUUUUGGAUCACCAAACAGAAUGUGAUGGUCAGAAGACUACUCCACUUGUCAUUGCAGCAAAGCUUGGAGAGACCAAGGUAGUCCAGGUGCUGCUGACCAAUUUUGAUGUAGAUAUAGAGCAGCGCUCCACUGUUCGGUUUGAUGGAUAUGUUAUUCAGGAAGCCACAGCUCUUUGGUGUGCAUCGGGCGCUGGGCACCUUGACAUAGUCGAGCUUUUGAUCAAGCAUGGAGCUAAUGUGAACAAUGCUACAGCAACUAAUUCCACUCCUUUGAGAGCUGCAUGUUUUGAUGGCCGUUUAGAUAUAGUAAAGUACCUUGUAGAACAUGGUGCUGAUUUGACCAUACCCAACAAAUACGAUAACACCUGUUUGAUGAUUUCCUGUUAUAAAGGACAUACCAAGGUUGUCCGACAUUUGCUGGAGAAGGGGGCUGACCCAGAUCUGAAAGCACACUGUGGAGCAACAUCCAUUCAUUUUGCUGCUGAAUGCGGACACCUUGAAGUCGUCAAAGAACUUAUACACUUUGGGGCCUCCAUGCUUAAAAAUGAUCUAGGGAUGACCCCUCUUAUGGUUGCUGCUGAAUGUGGGAAAGAAGAAAUAGUUCACUACUUUCUCAAACAGCCAGAAUGUUCUAGACUCAUGAAAAUUGAGGCUCUAGAACUUCUUGGCUCCUCAUUUGCUAAUGAUAAAGAGACGUACGACCUUCAUAAAACUUAUGAAUAUUUAAAAGAAGCAAUGGCUCUAAGAAUGGUUGAUAACAGAAAUCCCCAUGUGGCUGCUGGAAGGUAUGAGACCAUACCGAAACAGUUUUACCCAACAGUGCCUGCGUAUGGUAAUCAUGUUGAAUGUAAAACAAUGAAAGAUCUGGAAGGAAUUCGAGGAAAUCGUGAUGCAUUACACAUGGAAGCUUUGACUAUACGCGAGAGAAUUCUAGGCCAAAACAACCCAGAAAUACCUCAUCCUGUGAUAUUCAGAGGUGCCGUGUUUGCUGAUCAUGGUAGAUUUGAUCGUUGUAUAUCACUGUGGAUGCAUGCAAUGGUCUUAAGGCAGUCAAACAGUAGAUCCAUCAACAAAGAUUUAUUGCGAUUUUCUCAGGUGUUUUCACAGAUGGUCACACUGAAAGCAGAGCUGGCUUAUGCUGAUGUGAAGCCAGUCCUGCAACACGGUCUUCAAGAGCUGGAACAGUUUCUGAAGUCAUCCCCAACAGAACCAGCUGGUGAGUUCAAGUCCACUGCAUUAGAAAUGUACCAGUCCAACAUUUUGUCUAUGAUUUAUCUCAUCACCAUUGCAAACAGGGUUGUGAGCAGCGACAAAGAAAAUAAAGAUUUGCACCGUAUAGUGUAUUUUUUCCUUAAAUUGAAACCCUGUCUCAAAAAUGGCUACUCCCCCCUGCACAUUGUGUUGGACCCAGGCAUAUGUGUAGAUGACUUCCAUGUCAACACCAUUGUCGUGUUCCCAGAUAAAACUUUAAUGUCCAUGUUUCUGACUUGUGGGGCAGACAUAGAUGCGCUGGAUAGUGCCAGGAAUUCUCCUCUCCACGUUAUCACCAAUGCCAAGCUGACAGACACCCUGGAGGGCUUGCGCCAGGAGAUUGUUCAAGAGCUGCUUCUCAGAGGUGCCCAUUGUGACAUUGCCAAUAACAAAAGCCAGACACCUUUCAUGAUUGCCACUGGUCAAACAUUUCACACCCUAAGUUACCACAGCAAUAUUAGUUUGAAAUGUUUAGCUUCUAGAUGUAUUAGAAAAUAUAGGAUUCCCUAUAAAUCUUGUGUACCUGGAUGCCUUGAAUCAUUUGUUGAUAUUCAUUAAUUCAUUAAACUGAUUCAGUCUGGUUUUUUUUAAUGACUAAUUUUGAUUGUCUGUCUUUGAUGUUUAGAAGUUGGGUUUUGGUGUUAAUUAUAAAUAUGACAGUUCUUUGUCAAUAAUUACUUAAACAUGAACAUUAGAACAGUUCAACCUGAAAGACAUAUGACAGAAAUGUUAACAGAAAUUUCUUCUAUAUCAGUAUUCUAUUUUCAACAACUGAGAGAUUUUUCUCACAAUUUUCAGUAUUUAUUUUGUUUUAUUUUUAGUAAGAAAAGAAAAAAAAAAGCCUACAACCAGGCAUCUUUGGUUACACUCAGUGUUGCUUAUGGACUGCUCUUAAUGUGCUUCAAAGCUAAGGGAAGGGGGGAUGGGGAAAAUCUCUCAUCUCACAUUCCCUUAAAAAAAAUGUCUUUUGAUGUAAAGUGAGCUUUAAUACAAAUUUUGUUACAUGUGAAACAUUUUUAUUGGGGUUUACUUUAGACCCCACCCAUGCUUCUUUUUGCGGUUUACUUUAGACCAUACCCAGGCUUCUGAUCAAAACAAUUUUUCAUGUUGAACAAAUGAAUAUUUUCUAAGCUUUAAAUGUGUCAAUUUAACCAAUGUUUUCUCAUGGAGCUGUAAAAUGCGCUUUAGUUUUUAUGUUUAGUUCCCAAACAUGUAGUAGAUGUUAUCAUACACAGUGAAGUAGUUAGUUUUUCUUUUAAGCAUAUUUUCCUUCUACAUAAUAAUAGAAUGCACUUUUUUUUUUUUACGUAUUUGUAAUUUGUACUUAAAGCUUUUCUUCCCUAUUGAACACAAUUAUUACAGGUAAACAAAACAUAGAUACGUAAUUUUAAUCUGAAUAAUUUGUCCAAAGUAUCCUAACUUCUUGUUUUAACAUGACUAAGAGAUCCAUUGAACUUUAAAAAAAAAACACUUUUUUAUGAUUCGAAUGGAUUAAAGGAAUUAUAGGUGUUUUUCUGUAUUUUUUGUACAUCUCAUUGUAAUUGCUGCUUUUAUUAACUUUUGAUUUGAUUUUAUCUCAUGAGCUGUUUCUAUGGUUAAUGACAUUGAUUUGUAACUUGUUUGAAAUCUAAUUUAUUAACCUCCAGGAAGUUCAUUGCAUUUCAGUAGCUAUUUCUUGGGCUGUGACUAUUGGAUUCAAAGAGAGCUAGUAUUCAGUUCAUGCCAGCAUUGGUAUUACACUUGUACAUUUGAUCCGAUGUUAUUGUCAUGUGAUUUCCUUUAUUGUAUCACCUUUUAGUUGUUUACUAUGCAAAUGUUUAAAGAUACGGUACUUCUUGUUAAUUUAUUGUUAGCAAGUGAAAGUAAAUAUGAUAAAACUUUGUACACAUGCAUUUUGUGUGUGUGUAAAGAUUUGAAUGUAAGAUGUUGUGCUGUGGGUUCACCUAGCUAGAGCUAGGAUAAUCAAAUCUAUUACUGGAAUUGAAACAAUUGUGAAAUGGUACUUACCAGCUAUUCCCACUGUCUCUGACUGCAUUUCUUCAUUUGAAUUAUAUGUAUUUAUUUCACUAGAAGCUUAUUGUGAUCUAUUGUGAACUCUUAACAAUACAAAAACAUUAUUUAUUUAUUUCAUUGCUGCUCUAUAUCAUUCCAAUUGUGUUCCUACAGGAACAGAGAGAAUCUCAUUGAAGAUAUUUGCCAUUUAUACCUAUCAUAGUUUAGUAUAAUACACUUUUUCCAUAGAUUCCCAAAGCAAGUACUAAUAACUUGUGACAAAUUAGGAGAAGGUUUCAACAGAGUAAUAUCUGCAGUAUAGAUAUUGUCCAUAUUUUCUUAAUGCUAAACUAUGAUGGUUUCAGCAGUCAUAUCUGUAGUAUAGAUACUGUCCAUAUUUUCUUAUGCUAAAAUAUGGAUUUAAGAAAAGAAUUAGUAGCAAGAACUUGUGUUAAAACAAAAUAUUUCUCUUUGUUUUCUGAGGAGUUCUGUUGAGCAGUUAUGUUUAGGGAUUGUUAAUAUUGUGAUUACACUAUCUUUAACAUUUAUGAAAUGAAACAUUUUGGCCUGUUUUUCUGUGAUUCAGAGCUUGUGAUUGAUAUGCAGAGUUAUGUGUGACCAACCUCAGUAUUCUGUCAAGGAGGUCAAUACAACUUUGCAUUCAGUCACAUUUCUAAAAUACCCCCAAUGUAAAUUAUCAUCCCAAAUCUAGCUUCAUGGUUACAAAGUUUUGUGUGUAGUUCCUUGAAUGGGAAUCAUAGGAUUUGUUGGACAGCUGAGCUAGACAGCUAUUUUUGUUUUAAAUCAAGAAUCGUCAUUUCGUUUUUUACUUUUUCUGCAUUUCCCCUUUUUGUUGCAUCAAUGGCAGAAAUAUUUGUUAAGAAACUUUAUUUAGAUUUAGAAAAGCUUUCUUGUUAUUGUACUCACUAUAAACAUAAUCAAUAAAUCUACUGCAUACGUUCACUUAGUACGUUUACUGGGGAAUUGUCACAAGUCAGUCAAAGAUAAACUUGAAAUAAAAUCAUGGCAUUGAUUAUCUAAUAAGCAACAUGUCUUUGGAAUAUUCAAUGCGCUCACAAAAUCAUAGCUUCUAUCCUUCUAUUUACAACAGUUGUACCACAAUAUUGAAUGUUUAUUCUUCACUAGUCUAUAUGGUCCAUUGGAACUUCUUUUCAAAUCUGAUUUUUUGUUUGUUUAAUUAGGCCCAUUGCUUAUGGAAAAUGGUGCCUUUCAUUGAAUAUACACAUCUCUUCUAUUACAUUUUAAUGUCCACAAUGACUUUUUUUUUUUUGGGGGGGGGGGGGAUUCCAAUCUCUUAGCUCUAAGAUAUUUUUAGAUACAUGUAGACCAUAAGUGGAGUGAAUGAGUGAAUCUGUGUUAGGUUGGCAUCAUAUUACUUUCACUCAGUUGAAUUUAUUUCUAUUGUUUUUGAAAUAUUCACUUGUGUGUGUGUGUAAUUGACUUUGCAUUCCAGGUAGAUUAAACUCCAUGUGUUUAUAAAGUAGGACUGAAACAGCCUUAGGAGGGAUUUUCCAUUUUAUCUGGGCCAAUAUAUCAUUUGAAAGCUAAGCUUGCCAUAUCUUGUCACUAUUUAAUUCUUCAGGUUUUAUAUUGAGUUACAAAUAAGCCACAAAGUCAGUAUUUAUCAACAUUUAACCUCAUUAGUUUGAGUAGCAUUGUAACCCAUCAUUUUACUGGCUUCCCAUUUUACAAUGACGUUAUAUGUACACUUUAUAAACAUGCUUUGUGCCUUUAUGUGCAGGCCUAUCAUGUUUGUGGAUGAAUUAGUAGUUUUAGUCUUAGUGAUUAGUAUGACUGAGCUGCUGUUGUUUUUUCUGUAUGAUUCAAAGACUUAAAAAAAACAUGCAAAGCUUUAAACUCAACAAUAGGGAAUGACUGUUGAGAUUUUAAAAUUCUUUUAGUAGUUUAGUUGUUUUUUUUACUUUAAAGUAAUGAUCAUUUAACCUAAUUAUUAUAAUUGUAUAAUUUAGACAUCGUUUCUCCCUCUCAGGCAAUUGUUUCUGUGGCUAUUUUUGUGUAAUGCAGUAGUAUUAUAUUUUUAAAUUGAAAACUAAAUAUGAGUGAUUAAUUGAUGAUUGGUUUUGUUGAAAAUUGGAUUAAAUUGGUUAUUUUUUUAGGGCUAUGAAAAUUAUUCUGCAGAACAUUCAACUGCAAUCAUUAUUUCCUCAAAUUAUUUUAAAACACUUAUGUGUGUUAAUUUAAUGUUACAAGUAGAUUUUAAUAAUACACUCUGCCAUAUUUUGUUUUAUUUGCUUUAAUAUCAUGUGAUAUAUAGUUUAUAAUAAUGCCUCUAGUUUAGUUAAGUGUACCAUCUUUAAUAUCUAUUUGUUUUGGUUUUCUAAAAAUUUAAUCAAGUACCAAAGAUUUAUUUUGCAUGGAUCAAAUAUGAAAUGCAUUUAAAAAAAAAAAAAGAUAAAGCCACACUACUUUGAGUUGACCCCAUGGGGGGUAUUCAUACUCACUUUUUCUUAUGCACAUUCACACCUGAUUAAAAUUUUCUGUAACAUAGUGUUUAAGAGAGAGAAAAAAGCAAACAGUCUAUGUAUUUUGUUUUAAAAAAAGGUUUUAUGUGCUUAUAAUCUUCUUACUUCAUUUAAAAAAUAGAGUUGUUUUAUCUAUAUGGAGAUUGUUGAAAAAAAUGAAAUGGUACUUUAAGUAGUCCCACAAAAACCCUACAGGAACAGCUACAAAAAAUGGUUGCAUCACUAUUUGUACAUUGUUUUUUCAACAGACCUUAUGUAUGGUACUUAAAUAGUGUGCUUAGAGACAGACACUGCCUUCUAAUAGUGAAGACCAAGCGGUAGGUAUAUGUGCAAACACUGCCUUCUAACAACCUUUAAAUAAAUGAUGGAGGCUGCAGACUUUGUGCAAACACUGCCUUCUAACAACCUUUCAAUAAAUGAUGGAGGCUGCAGACAAUGUUCCAAUUCUCUUGUAAUUCAUAGUAGUGUAUCUAAAAAUAACUACUUUGAAUUAAUGCAUACAAUGCCAUUGCCAUCAGUCAUUUUACACUGAACUGUUUCAUUGACAUGCUUGCCCUGGAUGUGCUAGUCGUUCCAUCUUAUUUGAUGGCUUGGUUGAUGAAUUAGAUUUUAUAGAUCAUUUUUCCCAGCUCUGCUGUAUAUGAAUUGUGAUAUAGCUUACAGCAUUGCAGGGUGUUUUUUUUUUUUUUUUUUUUUUUUUGGCAUGUUACACACAACUUUUGUCUCUUGAAAGGGUCAAUAAAGACUACAAUUUAUU